UGAUGUGCUGGUACGGAGCCGAUUACGGGAAGGAUCUGGGUCUGUCAAGAGAGCCGUCCAAGUGGAAACCAGCGAAGAAAGAUGUAAAAGAUCGGCAGUGCGAGUGGUGUGGCUUAGUCUACAGCUCGAAAGAUUAUUUAACACUUCACCUAAAAGUGAGCAGAAAGAGUGUUCGCACUUACACGCCGCCAAUUUGCUCCACGCGAGGAAGCAGCAGCAAUAGUGGCUCAACCAAGCAAUGUUUACGAGAAGAGGCGCCGCAGUUCCCGGAAAAGGCGCCUCACGAAUCACUGCGUUCGCCAGCAUCCGAUGAAUAUAAUACUGAGUGUUCAGUUUGUGAUUACAAGUAUGAGUCUUCUGAUAUCCUAAAUCAACAUGUGUUAAUACACAGUGGGAAAAAACUGUUGGAAUGUUCUGAGAGUAGGGAAAGAUUUGCUGACAGUGAUAAGUUGAUGGAAACCCAAAGAAUUCUACCAGAAGAAAGGCCGUUCGAGUGUUCCGAGUGUGGAAAAAGGUUUAAUGAAAGUCGUCAUCUGAAGACACACCAGAGGAUUCACUCAGGAGAAAGGCCGUUCGAGUGUUCCGAGUGUGGAAAAAGAUUUAAUCAAAAUGACACACCAGAGGAUUCACUUAGGAGAAAGGCCGUUCGAGUGUUUCGAGUGUGA